AGGAAUUCAUUUCUCUAUGUUAAAGGUUAAAGCUGAGUGUAAUAUAAAUAAUAAAUAUUGGAUUGUUGAGAAUAAUUAAGUUACACGAUGUCUCUAGCUGAUGAAUUAUUAGCAGAUCUAGAAGAAAAUGAUGAACAGUAUGAGGAAAUUGAUCCAGAUGUGGAAAUGAAUGAAGCUGAAAUUGAUGAAAAACCUGACAUCAAGGAAAUAGAAAAGUUUGAACUAGACUGUACACAAAUAAAAUCAGUUCGUGAAUUAUGUACCUUGAGAGAUUCAGUCAGACUUCUUAAAGUGAUAAAAGAAAUUGAAGAUUAUCAAAUUAAACCCAGAAAAAACAGUGAUGUAAUAGGUCCGGUAGAGGCAGAUCCAGAGUACCAGCUUAUUGUAGAAGCUAAUAAUGUAGCUGCAGAAAUUGACAAUGAAAUAAAUACUAUUCAUAAGUUUGUGAGAGAUAAAUAUCAAAAAAGAUUCCCAGAGUUAGAUUCCCUUGUUGUAAGCCCCUUGGAAUAUGUACGAACUGUUAAAGAAUUAGGCAAUGACCUAGACCAAGCAAAAAAUAAUGAGAUAUUACUUCAGUUUUUAACCCAAGCUACAAUAAUGGUAGUAUCAGUAACAGCUUCUACCACACAAGGAACUCUUUUGAGUGAUUUUGAGAAAAAACAAAUUGAUGAAGCUUGUGACAUGGCCAUUGAAUUAAAUAACAUAAAACUGAAAAUAUAUGAGUAUGUUGAAAGUAGAAUGGCCUUUAUUGCUCCAAAUAUGUCAACUAUUCUUGGAGCUUCUAUUGCAGCUAAAAUUAUGGGAAUAGCUGGAGGUUUGACUAAGUUAUCGAACAUACCUGCUUGUAAUAUUCUUUUGUUAGGCCAACAAAAAAAAACAUUAUCUGGAUUUUCUCAAACAAAUAUGUUACCACAUACUGGAUUCGUUUAUUUUACUGAUAUCGUUCAAAAUACUCCACCAGAUCUUAGAAGGAAGGCUGCCACUUUAGUGUCAAACAAAUGUGCAUUAGCUGCAAGAGUUGAUGCUGCUCAUGGGUAUCCUGAUGGAAAUGUUGGAAGACAAUUGAGGGAUGAAAUUGAACGUAAAUUGGACAAACUUUUAGAACCUCCUCCAGUUAAAUUCAUCAAGCCUCUUCCAAAGCCAAUAGACCAAUCUAAAAAAAAGAGAGGAGGAAAGAGAGUGAGGAAAAUGAAAGAAAGAUACGCAAUGACAGAAUUCAGAAAACAUGCCAAUCGAAUGAACUUUGCAGAUAUAGAAGAUGAUGCAUAUCAAGAAGAUUUGGGAUAUUCAAGAGGAAGCAUUGGCAAAACUGGCACAGGACGAAUCAGAUUACCACAAAUCGAUGAAAAGACUAAGGUGAGAAUUUCCAAAACCCUCCAAAAAAAUCUACAAAAACAGCAAAUCUGGGGCGGAAAUACAACAGUAAAGAAACAAAUUUCUGGUACUGCUUCCAGUGUUGCUUUCACACCUUUACAAGGUCUAGAAAUUGUCAAUCCUCAAGCUGCAGAGGUUAAAGUGAAUGAAGCAAAUGCUAAAUACUUUUCAAACACUUCAGGUUUUUUGAAAUUAGAAAAGAAUUGAGUUUUGUAAGUCAUAUAUGUACAUAUAAGCUAGCUUUUAGAGCAUGUUUAUUUAUUUUUUUGUAAAUAAAUACUGCAAAUAAGUCAUGAGUAUUCAUUAAAUUGAUAUUUUGAAGUUA